UAUUCUUCUCUAAGCAGCUAGCUAACACCACUUCUCUCUCUCCCUCUAGUUUUUCUCUCUUCAAAUGGGAAACUCAUUGAAGACUCCAUGCUUUCAACUCAACACCAAUUCAUCAUCAUCAUCAAAAUCCGUGAAGCUCAUAUUUUGGGAAGGAACAUCAAGAUCCCUAAAGGGAAAACACAUAGCCGGUGAGAUCAUGUUUGAGUUUCCUGAAAUGAUGGUGUGCCAUGCAGACUCUUUCUUCAUUGGACAACCAAUUCCUGUUCUAUCAAUUGAUGAUAAACUCAUGCCUGGCCAAACCUACUUUAUUCUCCCCAUUGAUCUCUUUGCAUGCAACAACCUCACCGUGGCUUCCAUUUCUUCCCUUGGAUCUUGCCCUAACAAGUCCCCUAUCAAGUUUGGUGCAUGCCCUUUCGAGUACUUGAAGGGCUCUGAUGGAAGGGUUGCUAUUAAGGUCAUGCCAGAGUUCAUCACUAGGCUCAUAACUGGUGGAGAUCAGAAAGAGAAUAAUAAUAAUAUUGUUGGAACCCCUGGUAGCCCCUCUAGUUUUCUGUGUAGUACUCCUGAGUUGCAAAAGCACUAUGAACAGCUUGUGAAGUCUAAGGAUCAGGUGUGGUCUCCUAAGCUUGAAACCAUUUCGGAAUACAAGAUUAGGUUUUCACCAUGCAGAUUCAUAGGAUUAGAGUGGAAAGAAAAAGAAAAGCCCGUGGAAAUGUUUACUAGGUAGUUCAAUUUUCUUAAUUAAUUAGAAGUACUCCACACAUACAUAACAUCAAUUUGUACACUGAUAUAUACAUUAAUUAUAUUUCUUUCUGGCCUUUCAGGAUAAUUAGCCACUCGUUUUGAUUUUGCCUGGUUGUUAAUUUAUAAUUUUGUGAAAUGAUAUUACGGAAAUUAAUUGUUUCAA